AUGGCAGCUCCAACAGCAAUCAAAGAAUUACCAGCAUCGAAAGAUGUGGAGGCGGUCUCCAAUGAAGAAAUAGAAGGAGAAGAAGAGAUGUUAAUAGAUGCAGGCUCAGUUCCACAAGAAGACGAAGAGGGAGCUAGCAAAAAGAAGGAAAGCAGCGAAAUGGUGCUAGAUGAGAGUGGAAAACCAAAGUUUUCAGCAGCAUCAAAAUCAGGAAUGAAGGUCAAGUUGGAAAGCAGAAAGGUGCCGGUACCACCACACAGAAUGACACCUUUGAAGAACACAUGGACCAAGAUCUAUCCACCAUUAGUGGACCACUUGAAGUUGCAAGUGAGAAUGAACUUGAAGACCAAGACGAUCGAGAUGAAGACUAACAAAAAUACUGUGGACCAGGGUGCAUUACAAAAGGGAGCUGAUUUUGUCAAGGCUUUCACCUUAGGAUUUGAUGUUGAUGAUGCCAUUGCAUUAUUGAGAUUGGAUGACUUAUAUAUCGAAACCUUUGAAGUCAAGGAUGUUAAGACCUUGAACGGUGACCAUUUAUCGAGAGCAAUCGGUAGAAUUGCCGGUAAGGAUGGUAAGACUAAAUUCGCGAUUGAAAACGCUACAAGAACCAGAAUUGUGUUAGCUGAUUCUAAGAUACAUAUUUUAGGUGGGUUCACGCACAUUAGAAUGGCCAGAGAAGCAGUGGUUUCAUUGAUUUUAGGUUCGCCACCAGGUAAGGUCUACGGUAAUUUACGUACAGUUGCAUCUAGAAUGAAAGAACGUUAUUAA